AAAAAAAAAAAAAAUCAUUGCACAUGCUCUCACAUGUCCUGGAAUCAAGAUGGGCCAUGGCCUUGAUCCUACUGAAUAUUGGUAUAAUCUGUGAUGACGUGAACGUAUGAUAUUGUGUAAAAUUGUAAUAACAACAACAACAACAAAAACAUUUUUAAUGCUUUCACAUUCAAAUAUCAUUCAAAAGUGCUGAAUUCCAAAAUUUGUUCAUCUGUGAAUUCUGAAAACAGUCUUUGUAUCACGGUUUCCACUUUCAUUAAACAGGUAUCGUAAUAAUAACAACAAUAAAUGUUUCUUGAGCAGCAAAUCAUUUAAUUCGAAUGAUUUCUGAAGGAUCAUGUGAUACUGAAGACUGGAUGUGUUCGACAUGAACUGGCGCUGCGCAGACCGGUUGGUGUUUAACAUCAAAGUAUCGCGAGAGAAAAUCGAAAACACAUGGAGCCGUCUGCUGUCUACAACUCUUGCGAUACUUUGUCAAACACCGAUCUGUCUGUGGAGCUUUUUUAUGUUUUAGGGUAGAGUGGGCUUUCAAGGGGCUGUAUUUUUCUUCUUCUUCUCUGAAACAAAAGUUAAAUGUGUCCAGAAUAUUUCUCAUAGUUUAAGUAACAAUGACAAAUUCUAAACCAAGUAUGAAAAAUGUCCUGAGUUUUCAUGUUAGCUAUUCGAUUUUUAGCAAAGGUGUUUUUGACAGAAAUUUGUUUUAUACAUUCACAGCUAAAUCAGAGUAUGUAGGCAGUUUUAGCCUAAAAUUAAGAAUAAUAUAAUUAUGAAUUACAAAAUUAUAUUAGCCUAUUUGAAAAAUGUUAUUAGCUGAUGCUAACUCUGGCUAGCUAACUGAUGCUAACCUGAGGUAAUGAAGUAAAAAGUUCAAAUGUUUUUUAUUCAGCCGAAUAGUUAGAAUAGCCUACAUUUGAUGGAAAAACAAGGAUUUGUUGUUCAGAACAGAGUAACUACAGCAAUUAAAUCAUAAAAAAAAUGAAAGUUGUUUCACAGUAUAACGUUUUUGACGUUAAAUGAUAAAUGUCUCAGUUUUAAAAUAUCGCAACGAACAAAGAAAAGCACAGCCUGAAAUCAAUGUAGACUAUAUGAAGCUUCAAGGGAAUGUUACACGAAGGACAACAACAAACGUGCAUACUGUAUUAACUGCUAUGAGAAGGUAAAGAACAGUAUUUUAGGCAUAACUCAACAAGAGGCUGAAUCUAGUUACCUUUAUGAAAGUACUCAUAAGAUAGGCUAUGAUGUUGUAUCCGAGGUUCGACUUAAAGAGGCUUUGGGACUCGCACCGCUCCGCCUUAGCUACUACUUAUAGUCCAGUCUGUUUUAAAACAAUUUGGAGCUUCAGUGACAAUCGAAUCACACGUAGCCGCUGAUACUAUAUCAAGAGACAAACCGAACAAAAAUAAUGAAAAUGCGCCGCUUUUUCACGUUCAAACAGGUCUUGCCCUCGCCGGUAAGUAAAGCAUUAAGUAAGUCUAGCGUUUACGAAUAUAAUUCUAGCGUUUAGCAUUAGCGUUUACGUGUAAUGUUGAUCUCUGGAGUUCCGCUGACACGGAAACCGGAAACACGCUUCGAAAAGAAUUUCGUGCGUCUCAGUUCAACAGUCAACACUGACCUGUGAAUUCGUAUCACGUAUUAAACACUAUGAUUAAUAGAAGUUCGGCAUGUUGAAUUAAAAAGAACGCUAACUUUUUGUGCUCAAUUGGAGCGUAAAGUGAAGUAGAUUACAUGUUUGUACAUUUUGUAGCCUAUACAUAUGUAUUUUAUAUCAUUUGUAAAACUAUGUUAAAAAAAGAAGCCAGAGAGCGUGACAUCUUAUACCAGUGUCCGUAUAAAUUUUGCGAUGGCAAAGUUUAGUGAGACUGUCGGCGUCUCAAUCAGCACCCCAGCUCAUGAAUCACUAGAUGGUGUACAUGAAUUCGGACACUAAGUUCACUGGAUCAAUGCAUGUUGGGACAGUGAUCACUCGAACUCCGGUGACAUCAUUACGUGCCCUAAGCGACAUGACGGUGGAUGUAAAAAGAGGACAAAAAAACGUCACCCUUCCGGUCAAAACACCUGAAAUGGGGGAUGUCAAUCGAGUGACGUUUUGUAAACUUAACAAAAAUGGCACACAAGUUCCCAUCUUCCGCUACUGCUCUGACAUUGAGAAGAAGAGAGGGUGCACCGCCAUCGACACCGACCGAUUCUCACACCAGCUUGGAUCUGAAAAUGUUUCUGUAAUCAUUCGUGAUGCCAGUGCCACUGACGCAGGAACAUACAAUGUCGAAGUGAUCGGGAACAACGUGAUCGAGGAAACUUUCACCGUUGUAUUCACAGAGUCUUCUGAUGGCCGGUCCGUCACAGUCAACCCACCAUUCAUCAUCAUAGUCAGCCCACACAUCACAGUCAGCCCACCAUACAUCAUCACCAUAGUGGUCAUCUCAUUGGUCAUCAUCUUAGCGGUCAUCGCAAUCAUAGUGGUCACUGUUGUCAGUGUAUGCAUCUGUAAAAAGAAAAACCGGAAGAAACUUGUUUUCCUCAACAGCACAGUGGAUUCAGAAGUGGGAGACAGUCACUGGAGCAGAUAAACGUGAGAGAGAUGAAUCCUCUGAGAAACUCUGCUUGGUAGACAUGCAGGAGAAGAAACCAGAAGACCUUGACAGCACCCAUCCAGAUGCACUUCAUUUAAUCAAUAAUAAUAAUAGUACUAGUAGUAAUAAUAAUAGCAGCAGCAAUAAUAAUUUUUAUAUAUAAAUAUUUCUGUCAUGAUGAUGGCAUGAUAAUGUACAUGACAAUGUUAAUGUAUUUGGUCUUGGAGGAAUAGAUCUGUUACGCUGCUGUAGAGCAAGUACUGAGACUUGCUACUGCCAAUACAUCCACAACAUGCUGCUGUGAGCGUGUAAGAGAUAUUACUGCUGAAAAUAUUACAUACAUUUUUGAAGCGGACACAGAACAUUUCAGCAGUGUGUUCUGCUCUGUAAUGAGUGGAUAAAUAUGGGCAGACAGCAACGUUUUUAUAUUUAGAAGGGACCAAACAUCCCUUUUUCAUUCAUUAAUUUUUUUUUAAGGGUGUCAGGAAUAGAUGAUCAGUUUUCAGAUAUUUCUCCUGAACACCAACUUCAGUGUCAAAAUGAUUUGAGACAUUUUAUGUCCCUGUCCCAAAUGGUUUCCUCAAGUUACACUUUCAGCCUUACUGCCAACAGUUCUGGUAGCGUUCCAUCACCAUCAUGUUUUUGGCCAUUGUUUGACUCAUAACAGUUCCUUCAUCAUACAGAAGCAGCUCCUCCUCGAAAUGAGCUGAACCUCAGAUGCUCAAACAGAAAGAUAACGGUAACGAUUCCCAGCAGACCAGAGAGAACCAGACGAACCAGAGCCUCAGUGACACCACAAUGAUCCUGACAAUCUGAUAAAGAAGAGAAAUUAUAUAGAUAUGAGGUUAUUCGUAAACAAUUCUGUCAAUCAGAGGCUGUGGUCACUGUGGCAGGAAGAGAGUUCUGUGGUCAAUGUAGUUUUUGUACCUUCCUGUCGUGGGCAGAUCUCUUUAAUGUGAAGACGGAUGCUCUUCUUGUUGACUGGAUUGACAGCUGUACAGCUGUAGGUCUCUGGAUCAUUAUAAUGAAGCUCUAAUGAUAAACUGAGGUUGAUGCUGAGAUCAGGAUUGCUGGACUGGUUCAGGAUUUCUCCUCCUUUAUACCACGAGAUAGACACGUCUCGAUCAUUUUUCACCGAGCAGAACACAGAACAGGUCUCCUCCAUCUUCUGUGACUGCUUGAAUGAACCUGAAAGAGAUUUGUUUUGUGAGGUUAAUUUUCAGAAAACCUUUUUAUUUUCUGUAAAUAAAAUAAAAAUAAUAUUUCAAAAGUUGGAAGCUGUAGGUGUCACGUUUCUGAUUUGUUACAUCAUGGACUUAGUUGUGUUUUCAUGGACUUGUCAUUGGUUUUCUUCAGUCACAUGUCUUUUUUGUUCAGUUUUCCCGCCACUCUUUAGUUGUCAUUGCAAUUUAUUUAAUUUACUCAGGUGUUCAUCAUUAUGGCCCUUAUUUGUCUUGCAGUUAAGUUGCUGCUGUGUGAUCUUCAUUUGUCUGGUACUGUCUGUGUAUUACACAGCUGUCUCACAGUUUGGCAUUCUGUGGAUUUAUUCAAACCUUGUUCAAUUUUCAUCAUUGUCUUCAUCCUUGGAAUAUUUGUGACAGUAGGGUGUCUGUGCCACUUCUUUUGUAAAUAAUGAUUUUUACAUGUUUCAUUAGACAGAGAGGUAGUUUAGUAUUUUAUAUUUGGGUUUGAUUGGGAAUCUGUUGACUCACCUUGAGUU